UAUGGCUGCUGAACGCAAUUUUCUAAUGGAAGAUGCUUAUCCUAAACUUCGUAAAUACUGUAAAGAAAGAUUCGGUCUUGAAUUCGAAGUUGUAGAUAUGAGAUGGGGCAUUCCAGAGAUGGCUAGAAAUGAUCAUUCAACUGUUCAAUUAUGCAUGAAUGAAAUAGAAUUAUGCAAAAAGUCUUCAAUUGGGCCAUUUUUUAUUGCUUUCAUUGGUCAAAAGCACGGCUAUCAACCUCUUCCGUCUAGCAUAAAAAAGGAGGAAUUCGAAAAAUUAAUCUCAGCAAUUAGGGACGAACGUGAGAAGGAUUUAGUAAAUCAAUGGUACAAGUGCGAUUACAAUAAUAAAAAUCCUAAUUAUGUACUUCUUGCUGUAGAUGAAGUUCUUAACCAUGACGAAUAUGACAAAUUUUUCAAUCACAUUGAAGUAAAUCUUAAAGAUAUAUUGCUGAAAGCAGCUAGAAUUUGUACAGUAAAUGGAACACUUCCUCAAGCCUUUCUUGAUGCUCUUCACUCCUCUGUUACUCAUUUAGAAAUUGAACAAGCUUUGGGAACGGGAAAUGCAAAGAGUAGUAGAGCUGUUUGUCUAAUAAGAACAAUUGCAGACCUAAGUAGUCAUUUAGACGAGAGACGCUCCUGUAAAUUUAUUGACCUAAUACCUCAAUCAAUUAGUAUUAAUAAAAAAGCCCAAGAAUCUCUGGCGAGGAUGAAAACUAAGUAUAUUGAAAAAUUUCAUUCAGUAUUAGAACAUACAACUCAAUGGUCCAGCCCUAACGGGGUUGAUAGCAAAGAUCAUUUAGAAUACCUGCAAAAAAUGUCCGUUCAAAUUCACGAUAAGUUACGCAAAAUGAUUACGUAUGCGGCAACUUCGAAUAAAAGUUAUGAUGGAGAAUUAUUCGCCGAGGUUGUUAAACAUUGGCGAACUGCUAGAGCACGUAGUUCCAAGUUUAUUGGUAGGCAAAACAUUCUUAUGGACGUUCGAAAAUACAUUCUAAAGAGUUCGGACGAAGCCCUAGUACUGUAUGGAGAAGCUGGACAUGGUAAAACUUCUCUUAUGACAAAGAUUGCGUCGAGCGUUAGAACUUGGCUAGAGACUAGUGGAAGAAGAGGGUCGGUAAUACUCAGACUAUGUGGAACAACAGCAAAAUCUGGAAAUGUACAUCAAUUAUUAAGAAGUAUAUGUGAACAGGUGGCUUUUGUUUCCAAUACUUCAAAAGAGAUUAUUCCCGAUACUUAUUCAGCUUUAAAAACAUUUUGGCUAGAUCAAAUGAGAGGGGAAUUUGGCGGUUUGCUAGUUAUUAUCCUUGAUGCAGUAGAUCAAUUAUCAAACGCCGAUAAUGCUCAUCGAUUGGACUGGAUUCCGGCAAGACUGCAUACUAACGUUAAAAUAAUAGUAUCAACUUUGCCCGAUGACCUACUAUUCGUUCUUAAAUCAAAAAUAAGAAACGACGAUGACCACAUUAUCUACGUUCCUCCUUUAGAAAUUCAAGAUUGUGCAACUGUUUGUAAAGAUUUUCUAUCGUCGCAUGGCCGAUGUUUAACUGACAGACAAUUCGAAUUAGUUAAGGCAGCAUUUAAAGAAUGUUCCCUUCCUCUCUAUGUCAAUUUAGUAAAUGAACAAUGUAUGAACUGGUGUUCCUUUACCCCAGAAAAUAAAAUGAGAUUGGACACAACUCUCCAAGCGGCAAUACAAACUCUUUUUCAACAAUUGGAAGUCAAGUACGGUCAAGUAUUUGUCAUGCAUUCAAUAUCAUAUUUAACCGCUUCAAGAAGCGGAAUAAGCCAAUCGGAAAUGAACGAUAUUCUUUCAAUAGACGACGAUGUUCUUAAUGAAAUAUUUGCUUACUGGGAACCACCUAUUAGGAGAAUCCCACCAUCAUUAUGGACACGGGUCCUACACGAUAUGAGUAGCUAUAUUGUUGAGAGAGAGAGUGACGAAACUCUUGUUUAUAAUUGGUAUCACGAGCAAUUUAGACGCGUCUCUUUACAGCGUUACCUACAAGAUACCCUGACUCUGUAUAAAAUUCAUACAACAAUGGCUGAUUAUUGGACUUCUCUAUGGUGUGGAACUGUCGCUAAGCCGUUUACCUAUACAGAUCAUCAAAUGAAGCGCUUUAAUCUAGCAAAAGAUCGAAGUUCUGCGCAUCGAUACGUCGCCGAACAACCUCUAGUUUAUCAAACUUUCAUUGACAACUGCCGCGGAGAUGGAACUAGAUAUAAUAUAAGAAAAUUGAACGAGCUACCCUAUCACUUGGCUAAAGCCAACAGGAUAAAACAUCUUAGACAAUUAGUCUUUUUUAACCUCUCAUGGCUUCAUACAAAGCUGAAAGCGUGUGGUAUACAACCGCUUUUAGCUGAUUUUGGUCUAUGCAAAUUUCGAGAUGUUAGCCUCGUUGAAGAUGCAAUACGUAUGGCAGAAUCUGCUCUAGUUAGAAAUCCAGAUCUUAUUGGAGUUGAGCUAACUGGUAGAUUGCUACCUCAUUUUAACGAUUAUCCAACAGUUCGCGAUUUGAUACAACAAUGUGAUUUAGCUGCUCCUAAACUAUGCCCUAUGAUUCCAGUUUGGCAAUGUUAUCUUGCUCCUGGUGGACCAUUACAUUACGUUUGCGAAAUUGAUUCUAGAUUCUCACCUCAACGUGACGUUGUCCUAAUUGAAAAAGAAGAUAGCAUCCUCUUAGCUGCUAAGCCCCUUCACGAAGCUGAUAUUAGAUUAUGGGAUAUUCAAGAGGGAGAAGCUAGGCCGGAAGUAAAGUCUAUCGCAGGUUCAAAAUUGUAUCCAUCCCCCAAUGGCACGUUUGUGCAUGGUGUGCGUAAUAAUCGAUUUUUUUGCUCGACACAUCUUAAUUCAGGAGAAUGCCAAUCCGAGAUAAAUUUUGGUCACAAUAAUAUAGCAAGCGUCUUCAUAACGGAAAACUACGCCGCCUUAGCCUACGAACAAUCUCCUAGUCCAGCCUUAAUAGAUCUCAAAGAGAGGAAAGUUCUAAAGAAAUUAGACUAUUCUUGUAGUACAUUGGCAAUUAGCAGCGAUGAAAAACUAUUAGCUUGCAAUAGUGGGAGAUGUAUUACGAUUCAUUCUAUUCCAAAUCUGGAAAGAGUUGCAGUUUUACAGGGUCCAGAUACUCCAGUGUCGAUACUCUUUCUGUCCGAUAGUUUCAAGUUUUACGUUCGUUAUAAGAAUCACGAAAUUCAAAUGAAUUCAAUUAGGCCAUCAUCCUUACAAAAGAAUAAAUCAUCGUCGAUCUUAAAGGAUAUUGAAUUAAAAGAUACACAGUUAUCAAACGACAGUAGCAUGUUACUCGCCAGAGCAACUAGAUGUCUCUACAUUCUUGAUACUUCGAACAACAAACUGCUGACUCGUAUAUCGAAAAUGCCUCCUGGUCUAUUUUCGGAAACAAUGACACCAUUUAAAGUUGCUGGUUUCGCCUAUAAAGAUAGUUUUGUUGUUGGAGCUCGACAUACAUAUAUUGGUGUUUGGAAAUCGAGAUGCGGCACAGCUGUUAGGCUAUUACAACCGUCAAUCAAUCAGAUUUCUGCACUAUUCACACCGUCAAAAGGAAGUAGAAUUGUUAGUAUUACAGCUGAUAAUACAAUUCAAGUGUGGAACAUGGAGAAUUUAGACGCCGAUAUACAACAUAAUAACGCUUUGGCUAAAGCAGAAAUCUCUUCGUUAGAUUUAUCAAAAAAUUCAUCCAAAUUAAUUGUUCAGGGGAAAUUAGCUACGGAAGCUCAAAUCUUUGAUAUUGGUUCAGGGAAAGUUGAGCACGUCUUAAAGCAUAUCGACGAUUUUAAUCUGUAUAUUGAUUAUGUAAAGAUAUCAUCUUCAGGUAAUUAUGCAAUAACAAGUGCCACUUACGAAGUAUCCGACGUUCCCGAAUAUACCGAAGCCUGGAAAAAAUUAAGGGAAAGUAAACUCUGGAUGUUGGAAGAUAACUCGAUGAAGAACGUUCUAACGUUUAAAAAUUGUAGAACAGUGUUUUUUUGUUCUUAUUCGGAAACUGCAUUUUUUUUAACAUGUUCAUUUUAUUCAACUUACGAUUGGCCUGUAAAGAAAUUUGACAUUCAAAUUAUUCAACUGCCAAGCUUAUCUGCUAGGACAAUGGAAGUUCCAGAUGGCGAUUUAAUUUCAACACCAGUAACAACGGCUUCCGGUCAAGUGUUAGCUAUGCUAAUUCAACAAUCACAAAGAAUAAGAGAUAAGAAGACUCAUAAAGAAAUUAGAAGAUACGAACAAAAACUCUGCUUAUUCAAUUUAUCUAAAACGUCUACAUCAAAUUGUAAACUCUUAUCUAUUAACGACUUUUUAAAGAGUAGCGGAGAGGAAGCCAUGAUUGAUUUAAAAGAUUCCGGAAAGAAUUUAAUAAUAAUGUUUGGUAAACAAAUUGAAAGAUUAGAAUACGAUUCAGAUGGAUUCUUAAUUCAUGAAGUUGAUUGUCCUAAAUCGGCCAUUGUUUUUGAUGCUGAGAAGCAGAUUAAUCUUCAAGUUUUAAAUUCUAAUGGGAGUAAUAUUGGUACUCAAAUUCCUUAUCCCCAAAGAAAAUCAAAGAAUAUUGCGCUAUUACCAAAUUUGGAUAUGAAGACAAUUGUAUCAGUUGUUAAUAAAACAUAUCUAAUAUCCUUAUCAGAAGACCAUAGGGAGUUGAUUCUUAUAAAUGGCGAAACAUUUGAUAUUGUUUCAAGUUUAUUUAUUCAUGGAAGAGGAACCGAACUAAAAGUUGCAAACGACGAUAGAACAAUUGUUUUAGGAUGUAACGAUGGUCGCCUAUUAAUAGUAACACUAACAGUUGGUCUUACGGACCAUAUUAAAGAACAUUUAAAUUUAUUACCAAGUAGAAGGAGUAUAACGAAUCAAAAGAACAUUCUAUCGGAGGAUAUAAAACGGGCCAAUUUUUUUCAUAUUUCCGCCAUUAAUGGUAAAAUUUUACCAAAAACUUAUGGAAAAAUGAUAAACAUUGCUCAAAGAAUCAAAACCAGGAAGCUUGUCUCCAAAACUUAA